GUGACUUUGCCUAUGACAUGAAUGAUAAAGAUGGAGAGGUUGGGGAUGCCUUCAUGUCGCUGAUCCAGCCUAUUGCUGCUUAUCUCCCAUACAUGACAUGUGUGGGCAACCAUGAGAUCGCAUACAACUUCUCCCACUACAUCAACAGGUUCACCAUGCCUGGGAGUCAUGACAAAGACAUGUUCUACAGUUUCAACAUUGGACCAGCCCACAUCAUCUCCAUCAACACAGAGGUGUGGUACUUGGAUGAAGAGGGCAGUAAGGACAAGGUGAUCAGGCAGAGGGAGUGGCUGCACAGAGACCUGGAGGCUGCAAACACAGCAGGACAGCGUCAGAAGCAGCCAUGGAUCAUCCUGAUGGGUCACAGGCCGAUGUACUGCUCCAAUGUGGCAAAGGACUGUAUCAUGGAUGAAAGCUUUGUAAGGCAGGGUAUACCAAAGCAAGGCAUGCCAGGGAUAGAGGAUCUGUUGUACAAAUAUGGUGUAGAUCUGACCAUCUGGGCUCACGAGCAUUCCUAUGAGAGACUGUGGCCAGUGUAUGAUAAAAUGGUGAUGAAUGGUAGUGAGAGCCAGCCCUACACAAAUCCUCAGGCACCUGUCCACAUCAUCACUGGGUCUGCUGGCUGCAAAGAGAGGCUGACGCCAUUCGUCCCCAACCCUAAACCAUGGAGUGCUUUCCGUCUGGAUGACUAUGGCUACAUCCGAAUGACAAUCGUGAACUCAACACACCUGUACCUAGAACAGGUGUCAGAUGACCAGGAUGGACUUGUUGUUGACAGCAUGAACCUCAUCAAAAACUCUCAUGAUUCCUACUUCACCAGGAGCUACAAUGGCAACAGGAGGAACUUAUAAGGGAGAGGGAAGGGUGGGUGGUCAGUCAACACUAGGGGGUCCACCAUUUUAAUGAACUAACUUGAGUCCAAUUUUUUUAAUGACCACUGUUGCCUUCUUCUGGAUCAGUACUGAUAACCAAUCAUUUCAGACUGUAAACUCGUGAGAGUUAUAGACGUGUGGUCUUAUUGCCACGUGAUCUUGCUGAUACGUGACAUCAACAAUUUGUUUCUUGGGUACUUUUGUAAUAUCUGAAAGAGCCUCAAAAACACAGAUCACUAAUCACCAGGUCUAGCUGUGUACAAUUUUAGUCACUGUUAUAUACAUUUGUAUGUACAAGUUUUGAGAAACAUAUAUUCUAUGUGUGCUAUUCAAUAAUGUAUGGUUGGUAACCUUAAUGUGCUGUAUAUUUUUUGGUCACAUCAAUUUUAAUUAUAGUAUAAUGACAUAUUAAAUGGUUUUAUCAGAUUGAAAAUAAAGGGGUUGAUGGGAAAUACUAGUAAUGUAGUUACAUGAUACAGUGGGAAGGGAAGUUACAAAAUAUGUUCAACUGUACUUCAAUUAAUGUUGCUACUUAAUAAACAUUUCUGAUGCAUUUUAC